AUGGUCGGGAGGAAAGAUGCUGCAAUUGCUGGUGCAUUGGAGGCUAUGGCUCAGUUGGAGACUCGUCAGAGGUUGGAGGCUAAUGGUGAGGAGAUCACUUGGGUUGUGUUCCAUAGGGAGUUCUUGAGGAAGUACUUUCUUGAAGAUGUUCGUAGCAAGAAGGAAAUCGAGUUCCUUGAAUUGAGACAAGGGAAUAAGUCGGUUGUUGAGUAUGCUGCUAAGUUUGGAGAGUUGGCUAAAUUAUAUCUGCAUUAUGAUGGACCAACUGGAGAAUCUUCAAAGUGCAUCAAGUUUGAGAACGAAUUGCACCCGGAAAUCAAGAAGACGAUUAGUUAUCAGAAGAUUCGUGUCUUCGCCGAUUUGGUUGAUAGUUGUCAAAUCUAUGAGGAGGACAACAAUGCUCCUUAUUGGGUCAUUAGUGAUAAGCGAGGCAAGAGUCAACAAGGUCGUGGCAAGCCUUAUGAUACUCCAGUUGGAAAGGGUAAGCAGAAAGCUAUUGAGGGAAAGAGAACUAGUGGGGGAGAUGCUCAUGCUGGUAUUGUAUGCUUCAAGUGUGGUAAAGCUGGUCAUAAUAGUAAUGUGGCUACUACUGAUGCGAAGAGGUGUUUCUGUUGUGGGAAGUUUGGACAUGCAGCGUUUGAGUGCCAGCAUAAGGAAGUGGUUUUCUUCAAAUGUGGUGAAGAGGGGCACAUUGGAAGUAAGUGUCAGAAACCAAAGAAGGAACAAGCUAGUGGAAAGGUAUUCACCUUGUCGAGAACUCAGACCACUAGUGAAGAUGCACUCAUCAGAGAUACAUGUUUCAUUAAUAGCACUCCUUUAAUUACUAUUAUGGAUAUUGGGGUUACCAUUGCUUUAUCUCUGGUGAGGUUCUCUACUCCUGAAGAAGAAGGUGUUGAAUUAUUGUCUGCUAGACAGUUGCGCCUAUUAAUGAAAGAAGAAGUGCAAGCGUUGGUUGCAUCAAUGUCUAUUGAGAAUCAAGCUAUAAUAUAUGAGUUGCAAGUGGUGCGAGAAUUUCCUAAAGUUUUCCCUAAUGAAAUUCCUGAUGUACCGCCAGAGAGGGAAGUUUAA